AUGGGGGACCGGGGUGGAGGACACGGACCCCGAGGGACCGGCUGCCGGAUCUACCUGUGCGGCACCAAGAGCGACCUGCUGGAGGAGGACAGGAGGAAGCGAGGGGUUGACUUCCACGACGUGCAGGACUAUGCCGACGAGAUCAAGGCAGAGCUCUUCGAGACCUCCAGCAAGACGGGCCAGAGCGUGGACGAGCUGUUCCAGAAGGUGGCCGAGGACUACGUCCACUUCACCGCCUUCCAGGUGAUGACAGAGGAGAAAGGCGUCGACCUGGGCCAGAGGAGCGGUGCCUACUUCUACAGCUGCUGCCACCACUGA